AUGAAGUCCUUCGAGCCUCUAGACUUGGCAGUGGAAGUGCCCCUCGUAGAGAUGGAUAAGACCACAUCUUCAAGUACGUUAGACGAUGGAUCAGAAAGAUCCACGGUAUCAGCUUGUCCAGGGGCUGCCGACGAGCAUCCCCGCGUCAGCAUCUGGCGCAUUGUGUGCUACGCUGUACCCUCCUUGCCCAUCCAGAGCUUCUUCACCAUGUUUACGGUGUACCUUAUUCCUUACCUCAUAGGGGAGCUCGGCUUCACUGCCUUCCAAGUUGCCUUGGUACUACUCGCCGGCCCCCUGUCGGGCCUGACGGCGUCGCCGGUUUUCGGGGUCUUGAGUGACCGCUCCGGCAGACGCUUCGUCUUCUACAAAUUCGGAUCCGCCACCAUGACCGUCUGUCAGUUGGCGCUCGGGUGGUCCCGCGAGAUUGUCGGCGGCAACAUGGUAGCGGCUAGAUGGCUUAGCACCGUGACCAUCUACUUGGGAUGCGUCGGCGUGCGCGCCUGCAUCAUCAGUCACCGCGCCUUGACCAUUGCCAACAUCCCGCCACAGCAGCAGCCCGUCUACACCCUCGCAAGUGGGCUCAUGCUUGCGUCGGGCGCCAUCAUUACACUGGUCGCCGGCCUUAUAGAUCCGGACUUUCGCCUUAUCUCCACAAUAUGUGCAACUGGCAUAUUCCUCAGUAUCCUUCCUUUGUGGGCAGUUCAGUCCGAUGCGUAUCACAGCCCAGUUAUUGUCCAUAGGGAGAGCAGCAACGUCAUCGCGUCUGUCUUGUCUGUACCGCGGGCCAUGUGGCACGCUAGCAAAUGUCUUCCUCCGACGAUCCGUCAUUCGGCUACUCAUGGACCAGCCUCCGAGGCCGCUCCUCCGGAUGUCAUCUCGCGAGCGGGUGUUCGCGUCUUUCUGAUCGCCCAGCUCGGUGCUUUAAUGCUACAGACGUCCAUCGUCCGUUCAUGGGACACGUCCGUAGCGUCGGCGGGCCGGCUCCGCCAGUUCAUGAAAGAGGAUGUGAUGGUGCUGCGGCGGGUAUGGGCCCUGUCAUUUGCGACGCUGGGUAUCUCGACGGCGGGUGCUAUUGUGUUCCGGGCCUCGUUCAUGGCAGCGUCUGUCUGCGCCGCCAGCAUCAUGACUCUGUCACCCCUGAGCGGCUGGGUGCCUUUCGCUAUCAUCGCGUACGAAGCUUCUGUAGUCCAAAGAGAACAGGGUAGCGCAGCGUUGCAGGCAAUUCCAGGCACAAUCUCUUCUAUUCACGAGAUAGCUAUUACAUCAGGCCAGGGCGUAUCAGUUGCAGUCAACGCCAUUAUUAGUUUUGGGCUUGAUCACUUCCAAGCAGGUGGCGAGAACUCAACAGCGUUCCUUUUUCCUCCUGCUGUUGCUGCUGCGCUUGUCGGCGUUCUCAUCUGCUGA